AUGACACCACCAAUCCCCACCUUCUCACCCUCCUCACUCCCCUCCGAAUCCCGCUUCUCCGCCAACUCCAGCUAUCGAAAAGGCUUCGACGGAAACCUCAAAAACUGUGAAUUACUCGAGUUCUCCCAGUAUAACUGUGAUCUCGAGAAGGAUAAAGAUGGGAAGUUUGGGAAGAGAAUUGUUUGUGAGCCUGUUGAGCGGUUUUUUCGACGAUGUAAAGAUCGAAAGGGAACUUUUAUGGUGGAGACAACUGUGUGGGAGGGAGAAGGUGGUUCAAAGUGA